AUGCAACAGUCGGCGAGCAACAAGGGCGAGGGCGAGGUAGGCAGCAAUCGAUCAAGCGAGGAUGCAGCAGUCGGCGAGCAACAAGGGCGAGGGCGAGGUGUUUAUCCUCCUCUUUAUCCUCAAAAGAGGGUUUCAAAGGAAAAGGGAGCUGGAACGGUAGCGACUGGUGAAGCCAGCGACAAUGGCUACGAUCAGAGAGCUGCUCUGAAAGCGUUCGACGACUCAAUGGCCGGUGUGAAAGGGCUUGUUGACAUCGAAAUCACCAGAGUUGUCGGCAUUUUCAUCUUUGAUAAGAGCGAGCUUGAAGAUCCAGCACGCGACUAUUCCCCUCACAAAGCCAGUAUCGACAUUAGCGUUCCAACGAUAAACAUGGAAGCCAUCAACCAAGGCAAAGCCGAGUGCGACGAGAUCGUCGGUAAGAUCAAAGACGCUUGCGAGAGCUCAAGAUUCUUCCAGGUGAUAAAUCAUGGUAUUCCGGUGAGAGUUCUAGACGAAAUGAUUGACUGGGCUCACUGGUUUCACGAGCAAGAUGGGGAGGUGAAGAAGUGGUUUUUUUCCCGGGAUAUGGGGAAGAGGUUCUUCUACAACAGCAACCAUGACAUGUAUUCAUCCAAGGCUGCUAGCUGGAGGGAUACAAUGUAUGGUCUUUACAUGUCGGAGCGAUAG